UUGCAUGAAAGAAAAAAUAGGCUCAGACCCAGACUGGAGAAAGAUAUUCUGAAACAAAAUUUCACGCAGCUUCCAGAGCCAGUAGAAUCCCUAAGAAGAUGAGGGACGCACCGAAGAGGCAAGGAGGCCGACCACUGUCCCCACCUGCUAGAGGCCCUCCACCUCCUCCUCCUCCUCCACGCCCUCGCUUCGAACCUGUUGAUCGCGAAAAGACUUGCCCGCUGCUGCUGCGAGUGUUUACUAAGGCUGGAGGUCAUCAUACCAAUGAGGAAUUUGCAGUGAGAGGCAAGGAGCCCAAGGACGAGGUUCAAAUUUAUACGUGGAAGGAUGCAACUCUUAGAGAGUUAACUGAUCUUGUUAAAGAAGUGGCUCCAGCUGCAAGGAGAAGAAAUGCAAAGCUCUCCUUCGCAUUUGUUUAUCCUGAUAAACAUGGCCGCUUCUUAGUUAGAGAGGUGGGGAAGGCUUUUUCAUAUGGAAAUGGAAGAUUAGAUGAUGGCAAGGCUUUAGCUGAACUUGGUUUUGAGAUUGGUGAUUACUUGGAUGUGGCAAUUCUAUAGAUGCGUUGCAGGUUCCAUCAUUUUGGUUGUCUUUUUGGGUCUUGUCCCUUGUCAAUUAGGUUAUUCUAGAAUUUAAAGAUUGUUCUCGUGUAUGUACAUUCUUGUGAACUUAGUGGUAAUUGAAGUUACUUGAACUGAAAAUUUUAGUUUCUUGCCACUAGUGAAGAACAGAUCAAAAGAAUACGUUUUCUUGCC